CCUUCUUUCCUUCCUUCCUUCCUUCUUUCUUUUUUUCUUUUUUGAGCUGGAUCCUACAAAUUCUCUCCCUGCUCUGAUCUUGGGGAGGGACUGAACUCUCCUCGUCUAUAGGAGGAGGAAGAAGACUCCUCUACCUUGAAGCUUUUCUGACAACAGUUCUCAGUCUCCUGUCUCUCGGCAUUUCCUUGAGUUGAUCAAAGGUCUGGGGACCAGGACUGGAGAACAGGUCAUUGGACAGAGCAGAGUCCUCUAUUCUUGGCCAUCAGUCUGUCUUUGGGCUCCAGCUACACAUAGAAUAUGCUAAGUCCCUGAGACCAGGACCCAGUGACUUUAGGGGCAAGGGAGUGUUCAGGAGGAAUCUACACUCAGUGCCCUGAGCCUGACCUCACCAUGAUCAAUGCAGAGGGGAUCUCUCUGUGGCUUCACAGCCUGAAGAUAGGAAGCUUAAUUUCUUCCUAGGAAGGUACCUCAUUCAUGUUGAGGAUUUGGGUGUGAAAAAUCUCCAUUUAUACCCAGCAGUCAGGUGUGAGCAUCAAGGUCCCUUGUGGCAUUCCCUGAAUUUUAUAUUUGUAAUUACCUUUUCUGGACACCCACCAGGCUGUAUCUUUAUGACAUGGAGCUUGUGCCUUAGAGUUCCUGUCCCUUCCUGGCUGCUCAAGCUGGGGAUUGGGAUUCUGCUAUCUAGGAUGCUGGAAGGCCAAAGCCAGUGAGCUCAUAGGUAUCUCUAGUACAUCAGAACUUGCAAAUUGCCCCAGGUGCUUCAGAAAAAAAGUCUCUGCUUCUCCAGAGCAGAUGGGGGAAGGAACCUGUUCGAUAUGUUGGAAGUAUAAGCAGUGGAGGAAGGAUCUGCAGCAAUUAUAUAUGGAAGCUUAACAGUAACCACUCAGGAGCUAAAGUGUUGUGCUUGGGAGAGAGAAGCCAGCAAGGAGGCAGAGAGCCUGCGGGCUCCGCCCAACUCCGUCUAGCCUAGGAACCUACUGCCGGCACAAUCUCAAGCCCUGCUGCCUUUAACCCUAGCGGAGAUCCUACUCACCAGACCACACAGCUGUGCAAGGAUAGGAGGAGCAGCCUGUGUGGCCCUGGGCCGGAUGUCACCCUCCGCUGACACGUGCUGUGUGCCUGAUUGAGGAGCCCUCUGUAAUGACCUACGGGGUUAGGGUUAGGGUCUGUGUCACCUGUCACUUCCCUAUCCCGUGCCAAAUAGGGAUGUGGGCAGGAAGCACGGGGUAGCUUGGCUGUCCCACCAGCCUUUCUGGUUUCUCCCUCGUACCGUGGGCUCCUUGGUGCAUGGCUGUACUGCUCAGCCUUCUCAGCGGCAGCACUGAGGGAGAUUACUGACCCAAGUCGGCUCCAUGCGCCUUCGUCCACAACCAGACCCCCUAGGCAUGGAGCCCUUCUUCCGGAAGCGGCUCACUUUCUUGUCCUUUUUCUGGGAUAAGAUCUGGCCAGCGGGUGAGUUGGAGGAAGACAUCCCCCGGAUCCAGGGACUUGACGACAACCCAGUGCUGGAGCAGCCCGCUGCCGUUGAGCCUUGCAGCUUUCCCGCCCCACGCGCGCGACUCUUCCGCGCGCUCUACGACUUCACUGCUCGGUGUGCAGAGGAACUGAGCGUCAGCCGCGGAGACAGACUCUACGCCCUCAAGGAGGAGGGCGACUACAUCUUUGCCCAAAGGCUCUCUGGGCCGCCCAGUACGGGACUGGUUCCAGUCACCUACCUUGCCAAGGCCACCCCUGAGACGCCCUCAGACCAACCUUGGUACUUCAGUGGGAUCAGCAGGACUCAGGCCCAGCAGUUGCUCUUGUCUCCCGCCAAUGCACCAGGGGCCUUCCUCAUCCGGCCCAGCGAAAGCAGCGUCGGGGGAUAUUCUCUGUCAGUUCGGGCCCAAACCAAAGUCUGCCACUACCGCAUCUGCAUGGCACCUGAUGGCAGCCUCUACCUGCAGGAGGGCCGGCUCUUCCCCAGCCUGGAUGCAUUGCUCGAUUACUACAAGACCAACUGGAAGCUGAUACAGAACCCUCUGUUGCAGCCCUGCAUACCCCAGAUGCCCCUGGCUCAGGACGAGUGGGAACGGCCACGUUCAGAAUUUGUCCUUCGGAGAAAGCUGGGUGAAGGCUUCUUCGGGGAGGUGUGGGAAGGCCUGUGGCUGGGCUCUAUGCCUGUGGCGGUGAAGGUUAUCAAAUCAGCUGACAUGAAACUGGCAGACCUCACCAAGGAGAUUGAGGCGCUGAAGAGCUUGAGACACGAGCGACUGAUUCGGCUGCAUGCCAUAUGCUCCCUGGGUGAACCUGUGUACAUCGUUACUGAACUCAUGGGCAAGGGCAACUUGCAGGUCUACCUGAGCAGCCCUGAGGGAAAGGCCCUGAGCCUGCCUCAUCUACUGGGGUUUGCCUGCCAAGUAGCUGAGGGCAUGAGCUACCUGGAGGAACGGCGUGUCGUCCACCGGGACUUGGCUGCUAGGAACGUGCUGGUGGGUGAUGACCUCACCUGCAAAGUAGCUGAUUUCGGCCUGGCUAGGCUGCUCAAGGAUGAUGUCUACUCCCCAAGCAAUGGCUCCAAGAUCCCUGUCAAGUGGACGGCACCUGAGGCAGCUAAUUACCGUAUCUUCUCCCAAAAGUCAGAUGUCUGGUCCUUUGGCAUCCUGCUAUAUGAGGUCUUCACUUAUGGCCAGUGUCCCUAUGAAGGAAUGACCAACCAUGAGACACUACAGCAGAUCAGUCGUGGGUACCGGUUGCCACGCCCAGCCGCCUGCCCAGCAGAGGUCUAUGUGCUUAUGGUGGAGUGCUGGAAGGGCAGCCCUGAGGAACGUCCCACCUUUGCCGCACUGAGGGAGAAGAUGAAUGCCAUACACAGGCGGCUCCAUCUGAGCCUCACGUGACCAGGUCUCCAGCCCCACAGGCAGCAGUUAUGGCAACAAGGAAACACCUGUCGCCAACACACGGGAGAUGCUGCACAACUGGGAAUGGCAGCAGCCUCAGAGAACCCCACCCUGAGGGCCCCUUCACUGACAUAGGCUGGUACUUAUAUGUGCACAACACCACAUGGACGCGUGCAGACUGGGUCUAGUCAUGAGCACUUACGUAGACAUGAAGGCUGUGUCCUCCUCCUGGCACAGUUUGAAUCCCUGGUGUCUCCAAAGUGUUGAUAAAGAAGAGGAGCUGUAAGAAGUGUACCAGCAGAGCCAACAAUUUCCUCUCUGCCCUCACCUAACUCUGGGCUUCCUCAGCUCCCUCCUAGGAUCAAGGAUAAGAAGUCCAAUUUCUCUCAAGUCUUACUGUGGAUUUGGUUAAGUAUCCAGUGCUAGGGCUCCCAAGCACAUCUCACCAGUACAUGCUGUGUACUCACAGGGGACGGUAGCAUCCUCUGCCCACACCCGCUGCCCCCACAGGUACUGGCAAACUCUAGGCACACAGAGUCAGCUUCAAUAAACAUGCUCCAAUGGAUUCACAUA